AUGGUUUUAGUUCAAGAUUUGUUGCACCCUUCUCCUGCUACUGAGGCCAGAAAGCACAAGCUAAAGGCUCUUGUUCAGGGCCCAAGAUCGUACUUCUUGGACGUCAAGUGCCCAGGUUGUUUGAACAUCACCACCGUGUUCUCUCACGCCCAGACCGCUGUCACCUGUGAGUCUUGUGCCACCGUUCUGUGCACCCCUACCGGUGGUAAGGCUAAGUUGUCCGAGGGUACUUCUUUCAGAAGAAAGUAA